AAUACAAACAGAAGAGGAAGAAAUUGGAAUAAACUAGAAAUCCAUAACCCAUAAACUCAAAACCUAGUCUGUGCUCUGCUACAGCAUAUUUGUUAGCUUUAUAAUAAUAUCCCAGAAUCAGUAUUAAUUUACUAUCAAAAUGAUGACCAACACAAAUACCGAUCUCACCGAAGAAGAUGCAGCAGAUUUGCAAUUUCCUAAAGAAGAUGACCUCUUAAAAUUUUCUAACUCUAAUGAUUUAGAUCAGUACAAUUCGACAAACUGUGAAAACUGUUCCUGUGAAGUAGUCAAUAAGUGGAUUCUGUGUGAUAAGUGCAAUGUGAAUAUUUGUUUAACCUGCUUCUCUAGUGGUUCAGAGUUUUUUAAUCACAAAAAUGAUCAUGACUACAAAGUGUUAUCAACUAAAUUUACGUUGUUUGAAAACUCUGACUGGACUGCCGAAGAAGAACUGAAACUAUUGGAUUCCAUUAUGAACUAUGGAAAUUGGAAUCUUGUCGCCCAAGAGUUCCCAAACAGAACGGUAAAUGAAGUUAUUAAUCACUAUGAUAGUUUCUAUUUAGAUAGAAAGGGGUCAAACAAAUUACCUAAACUAAAAGACCGAGUUGCAGCUGUUUUUCCACAGGUAGUUGUGCCUUAUAGGUUCCGGUUAUCCGAUAGCGAUGAACCACCUCGAUAUUUAUGUAAUACAAUAGGCUUCAAGUCUUUGGCAGGUUAUAAUCCAGCUCGCUCUGAUUUUGAAAGUGAAUACGAUAAGAAUGCUGAAGAUUUAUUGUCACAUAUGGAAAUUGUUGAAGAAGAUGAUCCGCAAUACGAACUCCUAACUAACCUGCAAUGUUCUCUAGUGGAGAGUUACAACAGGAGAUUGAGGGAACGCCAAAGGUGGAAAACUUUAAUGAGAGAACAUGGAUUAAUUUUACUCAGGAAGACGAUGUCUUGGCUUCACAGGUAUGACUUCACAAUUCAGAAACCAGUAUAUGAAAAACUAAUAAGAUUCAUGCAGUUUUGUGAGCCUGUGAAGUUCAAUAUGCUGAUGGAGGGAAUACACAGGGUUGGAGAACUGAAGCUGCAAAUAUCAAGAUUACUCAACUUGCGAAGAAAAGGUAUAACUUCCUUGGAUGAGGGGCGGCUAUUUUUGAAGCUCAACCAACUCCACGAGGCGAACAGAAAAUCUCUGAAAGCUUUUAGAACCAACCCCCUGUUCAGUUUGAAAAACAAGGACGUGAACCUUGCCCUUUUAACAAAAUUCAACAGGCGACGAACUUUUGCUCCGAUUGAAGUAACUGGCAUGCCUGGUUAUUCUCAACUAUCCGAGAAGGAAAUAGAAUUGUGUAGUACUGUGAGACUUGUUCCUAUGACGUAUUUUCAACUGCGGGACGUGUUGGUUGCGGAGUGCAAGAAAAAUGGCUAUGUGGCUUUGCAAACUGCUAGGAGAUUGCUGAAAAUUGAUGUCAAUAAGACUAGAAAGCUCUAUGACUUUUUGAUUCAAGAGGGUUAUAUUACCAGUUCAGUGUGAUAUUAGUGUUAUAGGCCGAGAAGCAUUUAAUUUAUAUUCCAACCAGAAAAUGACCAUGUUUACAGGGUAUCUGAAAGCUGGGAUUUCUAGCAAAUAUUGCUUUUAAAUGCAAUAAAAAUGUAUCUAUUAGCAUCAUUUUCAGACCGACUCAGUAACACCUAAUUUUUCAUAAAGAGGAUCGCAGUGAUAAGACUGGAUUUCAGUCUUGUAACCUCCAAAUACACCAAUUUAA